CAACACGUCGCGCCCAAAACCGCCGACCAAAGCUCACACCGUCACACGCGGCGGACCCCUGGCGAUUUGCGAACCCCUUCUCCCCGCUCCCCGCUCCCCGCUCGCCGCCGGCGGCGGCGGCCGGAGGCCCGGAGGCGCAUGGGCCAGGCUCUGCGCCGCGUGAGGCCCCCUCCUCCUGCGCCCUCGCCCCCGGCGAGGCCCCCUCCCCCGCCUCCGCCGCGGGCACCGCCGGCGGCCGCUGGCGGCGCGCCCACCAAUGACGAUGUCACAGAGCCAACAAAAAAUGCCCAUGGUGUACUUGAGGAGCGUGAUCCAAGUUACGAGGAGAUGCUUAAGCACAUGGUUGGAAGAAUCACUACUAAGCCUGGAGGAAAACCAGAAAUGGGUGAUGCUUCCGUCGUACAGCGGUACGACAGGCCUCUCCCAAAGGUCAGAACAUCAAAGGCUGACCCCGGGCAAAGCGGGAGCAAGCAGCUACCAUCAGGAGCACUGAACGUCCAGCACAUCCAGGAGAUCAUCCAGCUGUACCAGGGCAAGUCCAGCACCCACCACGGUCCCAUGAGCGUGGACGACAUCGCCACGAAGUUCAGAGUCGAAGCCUCCGUCGUCCGGAACAUUGUGCAGUUUGUCUCGUUGCCCCAGGAGGACGAAACCGCCAAGAAGAAAGAGGAGUUCUGAGAGUCCGGGUGGCCCUGCUGCUGACGCUAAGCCUUUUUCUUUCUUGUCCCCAAGUUUCAUAGUGCCUUUUAGGUUUUUGUUUGUUGCUGUUGCUGCUGCUGCUCCUCCUCCUCCUCCUGAUGAGAUGAGAUGAUGGACAUCAAAAUGUGUCGUGUUUCCUUACCUGAAUAAAGAUGACAGUCUGCGUUUUUGUACCCCACGGGCUUGUCAUUCUUGUCAUGGAUAUGAACAUUGGUCUGGUCUAUACUUCGCCUUCUAAAAGCACUACGAACUACUGGAGAUCAGUGUCAACAGUCAAAAGCAUAAUUGUUCUGUUCGGCUGGCUA